UCGAGAAUCUAGAUGGGGUCUCGAAAAAAGCGAGGAAAGGAGAGAAUUUGCUUCAUGAGUGAGAGUGAGAGUGAGAGUGAGAGUGAGGAGUCUCUAGAUGACUUAGAAAUUGGGGUCUGCGAAACUUCUUCUCAGAGUACUUGUUGCAUCUACCGUGUCCCUGAGACGCUCAUUGAGAUCAACGACAAGAAAUUGUUCUCGCCUCGCGUCGUCUCCAUCGGGCCUUACCACCGCCAUGAGUCUCGCCUCGAGGUGAUUCAAAAGCACAAGCGACACUUCCUCCGCCUUUUGCUUUCCAGGGCUAAUAAACGAAAGGUGGAUUUGAUGGAAAUCGUCCGCCCACUUGAAGCAGAAGCCAAAGAUUAUUACUCAGAAAAGAUUAGAUUCAAUCGCAGCGAGGAGAAAAACCCGUUCCUCGAAAUGAUGAUUCUUGAUGGUUGUUUCAUAUUAGAAUUGUUUCGAAUGCUUGACAAACCGAGACUGCCGGAGUCUAAUGAUCCUCUGACCCCCGUCGCAUGGGCAGUACCACAUUUCUAUGGGGAUCUUCUUCUUCUCGAGAAUCAAAUCCCCUUUUUUGUUCUGGAAAAGUUAUUUGAAACUUCCAGAAAACCUCAUGAGAAAGAUUCUUUGUCCAUGCUCGCUUUGAGAUUCUUCAAUAAGGUAAUGCAAAGACCCAAGGAGAAAUUCAGUAAGACAAGCAAAAAGCUUAGUGAUGACAUUUUGCAUCUGCUGGACUUGGUUCGGAAAAGUUUUAUUACUCCCGAUCUAGAUGAGCCACCAAAGAAUGAGGGAAAAUCAGGAACCCCUGUGAUUUACUGCAUCUCGAUGCUCCUCAAAGCUGGGAUUAAGAUCAAGUUGCGUGAGGCGGAUAGCUUCUUGGCUGUAGAAUUCAAGAAGGGUGUGAUUGAGAUGCCCAAAAUAACCCUUGAUUAUUUCAUGCAGUCUUUCUUGGUGAACUGCCGGGCAUUCGAGCAUUUGUGCAACAGAAGGUCCAAGCACAUCACAGUUUACGCUUAUUUCUUGGACUGCCUUGUAAACACAGCCAAGGAUGUCGAGUACCUUUACGAACGCAAAAUCAUUGACAGUUAUCUCGGGAAGAAUGGAGAGGCCGUGCUGUUCAUCAACAAAUUGGGCAAGGAGAAGGAGGUUGAAACCGAUCAGUUUUAUUUGUCCAACAUUUUCAAUAACGUGAACGGUCAUUAUAAGAACACGUGCAACGUGCAACUGACGGGGUUCAAGCAUAGACCUACUACACCAUCUACGCUUAUGUGCAUCCUAAAUAAUGAGCCUUCUCCUACUCGAUCCCUCUGUUACGUGCAUGUCUUCCAUGAUCACCAGCUACGAAGGUGUUGAGUUGGUAAGCUAGCUGCUCAAGUUGUACAUGUGCUAGAUUAAUUUAAGGAUUGUGUUGUCUCUUUCACGGCCUGGCCACUCGUAACCAGAGUAUAAUCAGUGGUUAAGUUUUUGUUUUCGAUUGAUUGAU